UCAUCGAAAAAAAAUUUGGAUUAUUAGAAGAGAGAGGUCUGCGGCUUCCACACCGUACAGCGUGGUUUUUCUUCUCGGUAUAAAAGCAAAGUUGUUUUUGAUACGUGACAGUUUCCCACAAGCCAGGCUGAUCCUUUUCUGUCAGUCCACUUCACCAAGCCUGCCCUUGGACAAGGACCCGAUGCCCAACCCCAGGCCAGGCAAGCCCUCGGCCCCUUCCUUGGCCCUUGGCCCAUCCCCAGGAGCCUCGCCCAGCUGGAGGGCUGCGCCCAAAGCCUCAGACCUGCUGGGGGCCCGGGGCCCUGGGGGAAUCUUCCAGGGCCGAGAUCUUCGAGGCGGGGCUCAUGCCUCCUCUUCCUCCUUGAACCCUAUGCCACCAUCGCAGCUGCAGCUCUCAACGGUGGAUGCCCACGCCCGGACCCCUGUGCUGCAGGUGCACCCCCUGGAGAGCCCAGCCAUGAUCAGCCUCCCACCACCCACCACUGCCACUGGGGUCUUCUCCCUCAAGGCCCGGCCUGGCCUCCCACCUGGGAUCAACGUGGCCAGCCUGGAAUGGGUGUCCAGGGAGCCAGCACUGCUCUGCACCUUCCCAAAUCCUGGUGCACCCAGGAAGGACAGCACCCUUUCGGCCAUGCCCCAGAGCUCCUACCCACUGCUGGCAAAUGGUGUCUGCAAGUGGCCCGGAUGUGAGAAGGUCUUCGAAGAGCCAGAGGACUUCCUCAAGCACUGCCAAGCAGACCAUCUUCUGGAUGAGAAGGGCAGGGCACAAUGUCUCCUCCAGAGAGAGAUGGUACAGUCUCUGGAGCAGCAGCUGGUGCUGGAGAAGGAGAAGCUGAGUGCUAUGCAGGCCCACCUGGCUGGGAAAAUGGCACUGACCAAGGCUUCAUCUGUGGCAUCAUCUGACAAGGGCUCCUGCUGCAUUGUAGCUGCUGGCAGCCAAGGCAGUGCCGUCCCAGCCUGGUCUGGCCCCCGGGAGGCCCCUGACAGCCUGUUUGCUGUGCGGAGGCACCUGUGGGGUAGCCAUGGAAACAGCACAUUCCCAGAGUUCCUUCACAACAUGGACUACUUCAAGUUCCACAAUAUGCGACCCCCUUUCACCUAUGCCACGCUCAUCCGCUGGGCCAUCCUGGAGGCUCCAGAGAAGCAGCGGACACUCAAUGAGAUCUACCACUGGUUCACACGCAUGUUCGCCUUCUUCAGAAACCAUCCUGCCACCUGGAAGAACGCCAUCCGCCACAACCUGAGCCUGCACAAGUGCUUUGUGCGGGUGGAGAGCGAGAAGGGGGCUGUGUGGACCGUGGAUGAGUUGGAGUUCCGCAAGAAACGGAGCCAGAGGCCAAGCAGGUGUUCCAACCCUACACCUGGCCCCUGACCUCAAGAUCAAGGAAAGGAGGACGGAUGAACAGGGGCCAAACUGGUGGGAGGCAGAGGUGGUGGGGUCAGAGAUGACAGGCCCUGGAUGUGCCCACAGGGAACAAGAAGUGAGAUUUCCACUGUCUUGCCUGCCAGGGCCCCUGUUCCCCCAUUGGCAGCCAUCCCUCCCCCAUCAUAUCCUUUGCCCCAAGGCUGCUCAGAGGGGCCUCAUUCCUGGCCCCAGCCCCGACCUCUGCCCCAGACACACCCCCCAGUCGAGCCCUGCAGCCAAACAAGAGCCUUCACAACCAGCCACACACAGCCUGCCUCAGCUGCUCGCACAGAUGACUUCAGGGCUGGAAAAGUCACAUAGACACACAAAAUGUCACAAUCCUGUCCCUCACUCAACAUAAACCCCAAAACACAGAGAGCCUGCCUCAGUACACUCAAACAACCUCAAAGCUGCAUCGUCACACAAUCACACACAAGCACAGCCCUGACAACCCACAUCCCCCAAGGCGCACACCCACAGCCUGCCUCAGGACCCAUAGGGGCACUGUGACACGGGUGUGCCCAGAGGCCUACACAGAAGCAGCGUCAGUACCCUCAGGAUCUGAGGUCCCAACACAUGCUCACUCACACACACGGCCUGUUAGAAUUCACCUGCGUUACCUCACGCAUGUGCACACGCACAGCCCCACAGUGGGUCUCUUGAGUCCCAUGCAGACAUACACAGCCACACACACUGACUUGCCAAAAAUAUCCCAUUGUCUCCCCUGCCACUCACCUCACUCCCAUUCUCUGAGCCCUGAUCCAUGCCUCAGCUUAGACUGCAGAGGAACUACUCAUUUAUUUGGGAUUCAAGGCCCCCAACCCACAGUACCAUCCCCAAUAAACUGCAGCCGAGCUCCCCACA